GAGUUGAGUAUUAUUUAUGACUCAUUAGCUAAUAAUAAUGUUGUGAUAAAUAGAAAGAAUCAAAGAAUCCAACACCACCACCUCUGUCUUAUCUCUCCUCCCUCUGAGGUGGGUCGGUCUGUCUGUCUCAGUCUGACUGUUUGUAGCUUAAUAAUUCCAAAUCAUUUCUUUCCAGGAAAAGAAGCUCAGCUACAGAAGGGGAAGGAAGGAAGGAAGGAAGCUGCACACGCACUCGCCUCCACAAAUUUGAGAAACAAGAAAAUGAUUGUGGGGGAGCUUUUUUUAUCUGCAUUCAUUCAGGUAUUGUUUCAGCAAUUGGCCUCUGCUGCAACUAUGGCCUUGGCCCGUCGGGAGAAAGUCGAAAGUCAUUUCAAGAAGUUAAGUCAAAGCUUGUCCAUUAUUCAAGCCGUGCUUGAUGAUGCAGAGGAGAAGCAAUUAAUGGAAAAAGCCGUAAAAGUAUGGCUGGAGGGCCUCAGGGACUUGGCUUAUGACUUGGAUGACAUAUUGGAUGAGAUCAACACUCAAGCUUUGAUUCAAGAUUCAAAGGGGAUCCAGCACAAUAAAACCAGCAUGGUUUGGAAAUUCAUCCCUAUUUGCAGCAGUUAUACGCCGGGUGCACUUUUGUCCAAUUAUAGGAUGAUGUCAAAGAUAAAGGACAUCACAAAUAGACUGCAAUUUACUGCAAAUCAAAGGAUUCAAUUGAACUUGAGAGAGAAUUUAGGAGGGUCAUCCAACCGAUCAUCAGUAAUUAGGUUGCCAAGCACUUCUUUGGUAAAUGAGUCUCAUGUAUACGGUAGAGAUGAAGAUAAAGAAAAGAUAAUUGAGAUGUUGCUUGGGGAUGAGGUGUGCCGCGAUAAUGUUUCAGUUAUUCCAAUAGUUGGAAUGGGUGGUAUUGGCAAAACCACUCUUGCACAGCUGGUUUAUAAUGAUAGAAAUGUUAAGCAAAACUUUCAUGUCAGGGCUUGGGUGUGUGUUUCUGAAGAGUUUGAUGUGAUCUCCAUCACCAAGACAAUUUAUGAGGCGGUGACUGACAUGAGUAGUCAGUCCAAGGACUUAGAUAUGCUUCAGGUGAGUCUAAAGGAAAAGUUAUCAAAGAGCAAGUUCCUUAUUGUUUUGGAUGAUGUUUGGAAUGAGAGCUAUGAGAAGUGGGACCAUCUAUUUCGUCCUUUCCAGUUUGGGCGACCUGGGAGCAGAAUUAUUGUUACAACUCGUAAUGAUAGUGUUGCGUCAGUGGUGGGUUCCCCUCGUACAGCUUACCAUAUGAAACUAUUGACUGAUGAUGACUGCCUAUCUCUGUUGGCUCAACAUGCUCGGACAUCUUUUGAUGAGAAAACAGAGUUCAAAGAAGUUGGUUUGCUACUGGUGAAGAAGUGUAAAGGCUUACCUCUGGCCGCUAAGACACUUGGCGGUCUGUUGCGCUGUAAAGAAACUAAGCAAGAGUGGCAAGAUGUGCUACAUAGCAAGAUAUGGGAUUUACCAGAGGAAAACAACAUCCUUCCAGUUUUAAGAUUAAGCUAUCACCAUCUUCCUUCACAUUUGAAGCAUCUGUUUGCUUAUUGCUCCAUUUUUCCAAAGGACUAUGAAUUUGACAAGAAUGAGCUGGUAUUGUUAUGGAUGGGAGAAGGUUUUCUGGAACAGCCAAAUGUGAGGAAAAGAAAGGAAGACUUAGGUCUUGAGUACUUCAAUGAGCUACUGUCAAGAUCCUUUUUCCAACGGUUAAGUGGCAGUGAUUCAAACUUUGUGAUGCAUGACCUUAUAAAUGACUUGGCUCAAUUUGUGGCUGGAGGAACGUGCUAUCGUCUGGAUGAGAAAAUGGAUACAAAUCAGGAGUACCGAGUACCUGAGAAGACUCGCCAUGGUUCAUUUCUUCGUCAUGAAUAUGAACUAUUCAGAAAAUUUAGGGCCUUCUAUCAAGUUCAAGGUUUGAGAACAUUCUUACCGAUGCCUGUCCAAAAUUCACUCGUUUGGCCUCCUUUCUACUUGUCAAACAGGAUUUUAGUUGAACUGGUGCCGAAAUUGCUCAGCUUGAGAGUUUUAUCUCUAAGUGGCUAUUCUAUCACAGAGCUGCCAAGUUCAAUCUGCAACUUGAUACAUUUACGGUACCUCAAUCUGUCUGGGACUUCAAUCAUUACGCUGCCCGACUCUUUGAGUGAUCUCUUCCAUUUGCAAACUUUGUCUUUACGUAACUGUCGUUUUAUAUCUAAGUUGCCCCCCACCUUGGGAAAUCUAUCAAACUUGAGGCAUCUUGAUAAUUCUAACACCGAUCAACUGAAAGAUAUGCCAGUUGAAAUUGGUAAAUUGAGUUGCCUGCAGACUUUACCAAAAAUUGUUUUGGGCAAAGUUGGUGACUUGGGAUUAAGGGAACUGAGGAAUUUGACGCAGUUGCGGGGAACACUUGCUAUUUUUGAAUUGCAAAACGUGACAGACAUAGAAGAUGUAAAGGAGGCUAGUCUGAUCAGUAAGGACGAACUUGAUGAAUUACAACUGACCUGGGGAAAUGACAUUAAUACUUCCCAGAAUAGAAUUUCAGAAGAAGAAGUGAUAGACCUGCUUCAGCCUCAUGACAACUUGAAAAAUCUCAAGCUUGAAUUCUAUAGAGGAUCAAACUUCCCAAGUUGGAUCGGCGAUCCGGCCUUCCGCAAAUUGUCGAGUAUAAGCUUCAGCAACUGUUUGGAAUGCACAUCUUUACCACCUCUAGGACAGCUUCCAGAGCUUAAACACCUGCGGAUAGGAGGCAUACCAAAAGUCAAAUCCAUUGGAACUGAGUUCUAUGGGAGCGGUGUUGUGGUUCCGUUUGCGAAACUGGAGACUCUAAGAUUUGAUAACAUGCCAAAAUGGGAGAAAUGGACAGCUUUUGUUGAUGGCGUCCAGAUAAACUUCCCACAUCUUCACCAGCUUGCAAUGUUCAGAUGUAGCAAAUUAACCAAUAUUUCUCCACUGAGCUUUCCCCUUCUUCGAGAAUUGGAUCUUGAGAAAUGCAGCAAGGUUUUGCUAGAACGUUUCUCUAGUCUUGACUCCUUAAAUUACUUGAAAGUCGAGGGCAUUGCUGGGCUCUCUCAUCUACCAACGGAACUUACGCAAUCCCUAGCAGCACUUGAAGUUUUAGAGUGCUGCAACUGCAACGAGCUGCUAUCAGUAUGGCCAACUGAGAUUCCACUUGAACAUCUUGUCCACCUAAGACGGCUCGUUGUUGCAGACUGUUCGCAACUUGUAUCCCUGGGGCAAGGAGAGCAGCAGUUGCCUUGCAACCUUGAAGUUCUUGAAUUGUUUAGCUGUCCAAAUUUUGUUUCCCUCCCAAAUGACUUGAGCAACCUCAGGUCAUUGAGAGAGCUGAUUAUCAAAAAUUGUACUAAAUUCAUCAGCUUUCCAGAGAACGGUAUUCCUCCCAUGCUUAAACGUCUUGAGAUACUCAGUUGCAAUGCCCUGGAGUCCCUGCCAAGUAACAUAUCUGACCUUGAAAGACUGGAGAUUAAGGACUGCUCAUCUCUCAAGAGCUGGUCAACAGGUAAUUUUCCUAUUGCCCUUAAGAAAUUUGCAAUAAAAAAUUGCACUCAACUGGACCCCGUUUCGGAGACAAUGUUUCCUGAUAACAGCAGCAUGUUGUUGGAAGAUCUUUGUCUAUGCAAUUGGAUGAACUUCAGUAAUCUUCUCCAGCGUUUAAACGGGUUUUCGAAUCUUGUCGAACUCUAUCUAUCUAGUUGUUAUGGUCUAAAGCACUUUCCAGAACAGGGCUUGCCACCAAACCUAAGAGCACUUUCUAUUGAAGAUUGUGCAAGUCUCAAGUCCUUGCCGAAGAAGAUUCGAGCCAUGAAAUCUCUUGUGUCGCUUGAGAUAAGGAGUUGUCCGAGGCUUGAUAAUUUUCCAAAAUAUGGUUUACCUCCAAACUUGUCUUCACUUAGGAUAUGGGAUUCCAAGAAAUUCAAGCCCCUAGCACUGUGGGGCCUGCAUAGACUCACUUCACUCAGAGAAUUCUCCAUCUGUGGUGGAUUUAAAGAGCUCGAGCUACUCGCUGAUGAUGAUUGUCUCUUUCACCCUUCUCUGAUAAAACUUUCUGUUGCCCGAUUCCCAAGCCUUACUUCACUCUGUAAGGUGCUUGAAAAUCUUACCUCACUUCGACAUCUAUCUAUCAUGAACUGUGCAAACCUUAAUGUCUUGCCGAGCGACAGCCUGCUCGAAAAGCUCUGGCAUCUAGAAAUAAGUGAUUGCCCACUUCUAAGGCAACGGUGCCUGAGGGACAGAGGCGAUUAUUGGCCCAAGAUCGCUGGAAUUCCUUGUGUGGAGAUAGAUGGAACUUAUGUCUAUAGACAAAGUCUUGUCUUUUGCUACCGUGGUAUUAAACUUGUAUUCUUGGACAAGAAAAUUACCCUGCAGAUGAAUCGUGUUGUCUCUUCUUUUAGCGAUAGCCUCAGACAACAUAAGCAAGAAGUACGGGAUAUAAUAAGUUUCUUGGGUUUCCUUUUUUUUUUUUUUAUCUGUUUCCACAAAGGGAAAAACAAGAAAAUGCCAGUGGGAGAGCUCUUUCUUGGGGCAUUCCUUCAGGUGCUGUUUGAUAGAUUGGCCUCAGGGCUGAUAUUAGCUUUUGCCCGGCGGGAGAGAAUAUAUAAGUUGCUCAAGAAGUGGAGUCAAACACUUGGAAUUAUCCAGGCGGUGAUUGAUGAUGCUGAGGAGAAGCAACUGACUGAUAAGGCUGUGAAAUUGUGGUUGGAGCACCUCAGGGACUUGGCUUUUGACUUGGAUGAUGUGUUGGAUGAGAUCGCUACUCAAGCUUUGAAGGAGAAAUCAGAGGGCGUUCAGGAAAGAUCAGGAAAGAUAUGGAAAUUUAUACCUUCUUGCAAAGAUUGCACGCCUGGUGCGUUUAUGUUCAAGAAAAGGAUGAGGUCCAGGAUUGAGGAGAUCUCAAGCAGAUUGGAAGAUAUUCAAAAGACUGGGAACGACUUGAACUUGAGUCAGAAUGUUAGAGGCCCAUCAAACACGAACAGAUUGCCUAGCACGUCGGUUGCACCCCAUGUCUAUGGAAGAGAUAAAGAUAAAGAAGAAGUAUCUAAACUAAUGAUGCACAAUGAAGAAAAUGUUAGUAUCAUUCCGAUUGUGGGGAUGGGUGGGAUUGGCAAGACAACUCUUGCUCAACUCAUCUAUAAUGAUGAGUUAAUGACGGCUGAAUUUGAUCUGAAAGCUUGGGUUUGUGUUUCCGAAGAAUUUGAUGUACUCACCAUCACCAAGACACUUUUCCAUGCAGUAACUCAGAGUAGUCCUGAGUCGAAGGACUUAAAUUUGCUUCAGGAGAGUCUGAAGGAGACAUUUUCCAUGAACAAGUUCCUUCUCAUUUUGGAUGAUGUCUGGAAUGAGGACUAUGUGAAGUGGGAGGCAUUUUUUCGCCCUUUUCUUGUUGGGCUCCCUGGGAGCAAGGUUCUGGUUACUACUCGCAAUGCUAAUAUUGCAGCAAUGGUGGGUUCUGUUCCCUCUUAUUAUGUGAACUUAUUGGCUGAUAAUGAUUGUCUAUCUCUCUUAGCUCGGCAUGCACUUGGGAAAAGUAAUUUCGACGAACAUCCGAGUUUUAAAAGAAUUGGUGAAGCCCUAGUGAGGAAAUGUAGAGGCUUGCCCUUGGCAGCAAAGGCACUUGGAGGUCUUCUACGCUCUAAAGGAAGUCCUGAAGAGUGGAAAGAUGUGUUGUAUAGCAAGAUAUGGAAUCUACCAAGAGAAAAUAAUAUUCUUCCUGUUUUAAGGUUGAGCUACAAUCAUCUUCCUGCACAUUUGAAGCCAUUGUUUGCCUACUGCUCUAUCUUUCCCAAGGACUAUGAGUUUGAUACGUAUGAACUAGUUCUUUUGUGGAUGGGAGAAGGUUUUAUUCCAGAACCGGAAGAACAGAAAACAAAGGAGCAGUUGGCCUUUGAGUAUUUCAACGAGCUGCUGUCAAGGUCUUUUUUCCAACCAUUAAGCAGCACUGGUUCACAUUUUGUUAUGCAUGAUCUUAUUAAUGACUUGGCUCAAUUUGUUGCUGGUGGGAUAUGCUAUAAGCUUGACGAGAAAGUUGAAACUAAUGAUGAGUACAAAAUACCUGAGAAGGCUCGGCAUGCUUCAUUCCUCCGACAUGAAUAUGAAGUUUUCAGAAAAUUCAAGGGCUUUUACCGAGCCAAAGGUCUGAGGACAUUCUUGCCAAUGCCUGUCCAAAAUAUUCAUGUUUGGCCACCUUUCUACUUGUCAAACAGGAUUUUACUUGAACUGCUGCCAAAAUUGCACAGCUUAAGAGUGCUAUCCCUGAGUGGCUAUUCCAUCACUGAGUUGCCAGGUCCCAUCUGCACCUUAAUUCAUUUAAGGUACCUUAAUCUAUCAGGGACUUCAAUUGUUUCAUUGCCCGACUCUCUAAGUGAUUUGUAUAACUUAGAAACUUUAUCUAUUCGUAACUGUCGCUUUAUCUCUAAGUUGCCACCAACUUUGGGGGAUUUAGUUAACCUGCGGCACCUUGACAACUCUAACACUGAUCAGCUGAAAGAGUUGCCAGUUGAAAUUGGAAAAUUGGGAAGCCUACAGUCGCUACCUAAAAUUGUUCUGAGCAAGGUUGGCGGCUUGGGACUAAGGGAACUGAAAAAUCUCAAACAUUUGCGUGGAAUAGUUGCAAUCUCAGAGCUGCAAAAUGUGUCGAAUGUUGAGGAUGCGAAGGAAGCAAGUGUGAGGCGUAAGCAGGAAAUCGAGGAAUUACAAUUAGCAUGGGGAAAUGACACAGAUGAUCCUCGUAAUGCUCGUUUAGAAGAACAUGUACUGGAUGUGCUACAACCCCAUGAAAACUUGAGAAAACUCAAGAUUGAAUUCUAUGGAGGUGUGCGGUUUCCUAGUUGGAUUGGUGAUCCAUCAUUCUCCAAAAUGUUUUGUGUAACCCUCAUUGGUUGUACUAAAUGCACAUCUCUACCACCACUUGGACUGCUGCCGGAGCUCAAACGCUUGCGCAUAGGAGAAAUGCCCAAAAUCAAACACAUCGGUGUUGAGUUUUGCAGAAAACGUGCUGCAGACCUCCCAUUCUCAAAACUGGAGACUCUAAGAUUCGAUCACCUGCCAGAAUGGGAGGAGUGGUCUUGCUUUCCAGAUGAACCCCAGAUGCAGUUCCCUUCUCUUCAUCAGCUUACAAUAUUCAAAUGCCCCAAGUUAGUCAGAGUUUCUCCUCUGAGCCUUCCCGUUCUUCAUGAGCUGGAUCUUGAGGAAUGCAGCAUGGUAUUGCUAGAAAGUCUAUGUAAUCUUGACUCCUUGAAUUACUUGAAAGUUGAGUCAAUUGCAGGGCUAUCCCAUUUACCAAGGGAACUUGUGCAGUCCAUGGCAACAAUUGAAGUUCUGGAGUGUUGCAACUGCAAUGAUUUGCUAUCCAUGUGGCCAAAUGGAGUUUCAUUACAGCAUCUCAGCCAUCUGAGGCGCCUUGUUGUUGCAGACUGUUCCAUGUUUGUGUCAUUGGGGGAAGAGGAGCUGCAACUGCCUUGCAAUCUUGAAAUCUUGGAGUUAUUUCGAUGUGCAAGUUUAACAUCCCUUCCAACUGACUUGGGAAAUCUCAGGUCUUUGAGAGAGUUGAUUAUCAAAAACUGCCCAAAAAUCAUCAGCUUUCCAGAAAAUGGCAUCCCUCCUGUCCUCAAACGCCUUGAGAUACUCAGUUGCAAGGCCCUGGAGGCCCUGCCCAGAGACAUCUCUAACCUUGAAAGAUUGGAGAUUAAGGAAUGCCCUUCUUUGACGAAUUGGUCAGCAGGUAACUUCCCCAAUAGGCUUAAAAAACUUUCAAUAAAGAACUGCAAUAAACUGGGGCCAGUUUCUGGAGAAAUGUUUCCACCAAACAGAAGAAUCACUCUCGAAGAGCUUAGCAUUUGGGAUUGGCUGAACUUCAGUACUCUACUCCAGCAGGUGCAUAGCUUUUCACGGCUUACUGAACUGCACUUAUCAAACUGUAGUGGUCUGGAGUACUUUCCAGAGCAAGGCCUGCCUCCUUACCUGAGAGCACUUUCAGUCGAACAUUGUUCAAAUCUCAGGGCCUUGCCAAUGCAGAUUAGAAAUAUGUUGUCCAUCAUCUCACUUGAGAUACGUAGUUGCCGCAGGCUGAAGACUUUUCCGAAAUGUGAUUUUCCACCAAAUUUAUCUUCACUACGGAUAUGGGAUUCGAGGAAACUGAAGCCAUUAUCACAUUGGGGCUUGCAUAGAUUAACCUCUCUUAGAGAAUUCUCCAUCUGUGGUGGAUUUCAGGAGUUGCAGUUACUUGCUGCUGAUUGUGGUCUCUUUCCUCCUUCUCUAAUUAAAUUUUCUGUUGCAAGAUUUCCUAAACUAAGUUCCCUUUCUAGUGUACUCGAAAAUUUGACCUCUCUGCAGCAUCUGUCGAUCAUGAAUUGUACUAGUCUUAAUGUCUUGCCAAGUGAAAACCUUCUUGAGAAGCUUUGGCAUUUGGAAAUAAGUGACUGUCCACUUCUGAAACAACGGUGUCUGAAAGACAAAGGUGAUUAUUGGCCCAAGAUAGCUGGAAUCCCUUGUGUGGAGAUAGAUGGCACUUACAUUUAUAAGCAAAGUUAAGUUGAGUCAUUUUUGUCUCAAGAAGCACAGUAGCCUUUCUGGACUUGCUAAGUCAGGUUAUGCACAUGCAAUCCUUGAUUCAUAUGUGAACUUUACAUGUUCCUUAGUUUAUGAGUAUCCAAUACUUGAACAGUGUUGAAAACUAGGUUACUUGAUGUUCUCUUAAGUUGUGCUGCUGGUAUGAAAGGACACCCCAGUUCAAUCUGCCACUGGUGGGUUUGUGGAUGAAGACUACUUCUUUUUAGUGAAUUCAUUGGGACACAUACAGCAGUAGUCGCUAGCUGCAAUAGCUUCAGGCACCAAGGGGAAGGACUAUCAUGAUAAGAAGGACAGGAGACAGGAAUAACCUGUAUUUCAGAUGUGAACUGCAGGUUCAAAAUACUCCUGUUGUUAAAUCUCUUUAUUUGAUGUAAGCAUCAACUUGUUAGCUCUAGACAUAAAAGAUAAAAUAAAUAUAACUGUUUGACUGCGGAUCUAAGGUUGCCGCGAUCACAGUUAUUGGGUGGUUCUUCUGCUUGGCACUGCCUGGUACUUGAAUUUUGAUUGAAGCUACUUCAUAUGUCACUUCAGACAUUGAGGUUGUACCUCAGUUUAGCUGCUGAUAAUGUUUCUGCAUAGAAUUGUCAACUGAUAAGAUGUAACUUCGGAUUCUGUUUCUUUUGGUAGUUUUCUUUGUGGGCUUGCUUCUCAGUUGCUUGAUUGCUAGUUUAUUUUUCCUGGGGCUCUUGUCCCAAUCUGUUUGUAAUUCUGGGAACUGCACUAUGUAUGCUUUGUUAGUUCAGAUUGAUGCAUGUUUGUUGAGCAA